CGGCAUAUAUAUAUGUAGGUUAAAAGCAAGUCAUAAAAUAUCAUAAGUUAUAUAAAGCUGCAAAGAGAAGUUGAAAACAUUGGAGAAGAUUAUGGCUGCAUCAUCGGUCGGCAGAGAUGAUCUUGCGAGUUCAAUGAGUAGGCGAAUGAGUAUCUCGUCGUCGAGUAGAAGGAGUUGGGCUUCAGCUAGUAUAAGAGAGGCGAUUUCAGGAGGGUUGACAGCAAGUCAUGAUGCUUUUGAAAGAAGUGGUAAAGAGGAGGAUGAUGAAGAGGAACUUAAAUGGGCUGCCAUUGAGAGACUUCCUACGUAUGAUAGAUUACGAAAAGGAAUUAUUAAGCAAGUUCUUGAUGAUGGAGAAAUCGUUCAUCAACAAAUCGAUAUUACGAAACUUGGACCUCAAGAUAAAAAACAGCUUAUGGAGAGAAUAUUAAAAGUUGUAGAAGAAGAUAAUGAAAAUUUUCUUAUUAGAGUUAGAGCUAGAACCGAUAGGGUAGGGAUUGACAUUCCAAAGAUUGAAGUUCGCUAUGAGAACUUAUCGAUUGAAGGAGAUGUUCAUGUUGGCUCCAGGGCGCUUCCUACUUUACUAAAUUCUACUUUGAACUCUUUAGAGGGAUUUCUUCAACUCGUUAGGCUUGUUCCGUCCAAGAAAAGGGUUGCAAAAAUCUUGCACGGCGUGAGUGGGAUUGUGAGGCCAUCCCGGAUGACACUACUUCUUGGACCCCCAGGUUCUGGGAAAACUACAUUGCUGAGAGCACUUUCCGGAGUAAUAGAUUCAGAUCUAAGAAUCACAGGAGACGUUACUUAUUGUGGUCAUCAUAUGUCAGAGUUUAUUCCUCAGAGAACAUGUGCUUAUAUUAGCCAACAUGAUCUCCACCAUGGUGAGAUGACUGUCAGAGAGACUUUUGAUUUUGCUGGUCGUUGCCUAGGUGUAGGAACCCGAUAUGACCUCCUGGCAGAACUUUCACGGCGUGAGAAAGAGGAGGGGAUCAAACCAGACCCAGAAAUUGAUGCUUUCAUGAAAGCCACGGCAGUGUCUAGUCAAGAAUCCACUUUGGUUACAGACUAUGUUCUAAAAAUCCUUGGAUUAGAUAUCUGUGCUAAUAUCCUGGUGGGUGAUCAAAUGAGGCGAGGAAUAUCAGGUGGACAAAAAAAACGUGUUACUACUGGAGAAAUGUUGGUUGGGCCUGCAAAAGUGUUCUUCAUGGAUGAAAUUUCAACUGGUUUGGACAGUUCUACCACUUUUCAGAUGGUCAAAUAUAUGAAACAAAUGGUUCAUAUCAUGGAUGUAACCAUGAUCAUCUCGCUUCUUCAGCCCGCACCUGAAACCUUUGAAUUAUUUGAUGAUAUAAUUCUACUCUCUGAGGGUCAAAUCGUCUACCAAGGCCCACGUGAAGACAUUCUUGGCUUCUUUGAUAGUGCAGGGUUCAGAAUUCCAGAAAGAAAAGGAGUUGCUGACUUUUUGCAAGAAGUUACUUCAAAGAAAGACCAAGAACAAUACUGGUUCAACAAAAACCAACCUUACCAUUACGUUUCCGUACCUGAAUUUUGUCAAAUGUUUAGUCGGUUUGAAGCCGGUGAGCGUCUUUAUCAUGAUCUUUCAAUCCCUUACGACAAAACCAGUGUGCAUCCAGCGGCUUUGGUGACUGAAAAGUACGGAAUAUCUAACAUGGAGCUUCUUAAAGCAAACUUAGACCGAGAGUGGUUAUUGAUGAAACGAAACGGCUUUUUGUAUAUAUUUAAGACCACUCAGAUCACUAUCAUGUCAGUUAUUGUUUUUACAGUAUUCUUCAGAACUGAAAUGCAUGUUGGUCGAAUUGAAGAUGGUGGGAAGUUCUUUGGUGCAUUGUUCUUUAGUCUCUUGACUGUAAUGUUUAACGGGGCUGCUGAGCUAGGGCUCACGGUUAUGAGGCUCCCUGUGUUCUUUAAACAAAGGGAUUCACUAUUCUACCCUGCAUGGGCAUUUGCAAUCCCUAUAUGGAUUAUGAAAAUUCCUAUAUCAAUCAUGGAAUCAGUAAUUUGGAUGGUUUUAACAUAUUACACUAUUGGAUUUGCUCCUUCUGCUAGUAGGUUUUUCAAACAACUUUUGACUUAUAUCAGCUUACAUCAAAUGGCGUUGUCUCUUUUUCGUUUCAUUUCUGCACUUGGAAGAACACAAGUCGUAGCAAAUGCUCUUGGUACCUUUUCAUUGCUGCUUGUUUUUGUACUCGGCGGAUUCAUUGUUUCCAAAGAUGACAUUGAGCCAUGGAUGAUAUGGGGCUAUUAUGUCUCCCCCAUGAUGUAUGGACAAAAUGCCAUCGCGAUUAAUGAAUUCCUAGAUGCUAGAUGGAGUGCUCCCAACCCAGAUGCACGAAUCAAUGAACCAACAAUAGGGAAAGCUCUUCUCAAGUCUAGGGGAAUGUUCACCACUGAGUAUAUGUUUUGGGUUUGUGUCAUUGCGCUUUUGGGGUUUUCUUUGCUGUUUAACCUCUUCUUUGUGUUAGCUCUGACAUACUUGAAUCCUCUCGGAGAUUCAAAAAGUGUUCUUCCAACAGAGGAUGAGCAAAAUCAGAAGCAUUUACAAAAAGAAACAGAAAUGGCAGCAAGAAACAACAAUAAGAAAGGAAUGGUGCUUCCGUUUCAGCCACUGUCACUUGCAUUUGAUCAUGUCAAUUACUAUGUAGACAUGCCUUUUGAAAUGAAAGCACACGAAAUAGAAGAGUCUCGUCUACAUUUACUACAAGAUGUCAGUGGUGCAUUCCGGCCAGGUGUACUUACAGCACUGGUUGGUGUUAGUGGGGCCGGGAAGACCACACUAAUGGACGUGUUAGCUGGAAGAAAGACUGGAGGGUAUAUUGAUGGAAGUAUUAGUAUCUCAGGUUAUCCUAAAAAGCAAGAAACUUUUGCUCGUGUGAGUGGUUACUGUGAACAAAAUGACAUCCAUUCUCCCAAUGUCACAGUUUUUGAAUCACUUGUGUACUCUGCCUGGUUGCGCCUUUCUCCAGAUACAACUAAACAAACAUGCCAGAUGUUUUUGGAGGAAGUCAUGGAUCUGGUAGAAUUGAACUUAUUAAGGAAUGCACUAGUCGGCCUUCCAGGAGUAGAUGGUCUCUCUACUGAGCAAAGAAAGAGACUUACAAUAGCAGUAGAGUUGGUUGCUAAUCCUUCAAUUAUCUUCAUGGAUGAACCCACAUCAGGACUUGAUGCAAGAGCUGCAGCUAUUGUCAUGCGUACUGUUAGAAAUACAGUUGACACUGGUAGAACUGUUGUAUGCACGAUUCACCAACCAAGCAUCGAUAUUUUUGAAGCUUUUGAUGAGGCAAGUUAUCUUAAACUUACUUCGUUUAGUCGAUUCAAAGUGCAUCAAAACUUACUUAUUACUUUCAUGCAGCUAAUGUUGAUGAAAAGGGGUGGGAGGGUCACAUACAAUGGACCUCUUGGGCACCAUUCUCACCUGCUUAUAGAAUAUUUUGAAUCUAUUCCAGGGGUUAACAAAAUAAAAGAAGGUCAAAACCCGGCUACAUGGAUGCUGGAUGUUAGUUCUUCUGCAGUUGAAUCUCAACUAGGUGUUGAUUUUGCAGACAUCUAUACCAACUCAUCUCUGUAUAAGAGGAACCAGGAGCUCAUUAAAGAGCUCAGUACACCCGCACCAGGGUCUCGCGAUCUUUACUUCCCUACUAAAUACUCUCAAUUGUUUUGGGCACAAUGCUUAGCUUGCUUAUGGAAACAACAUUGGUCUUACUGGAGGCAUCCACAGUACAAUGUUGUUCGGUUCUUGAUGACUAUAGUGAUUGGCAUUAUCUUUGGGGUGAUUUUCUGGGAUAAGGGCCAAAAAACGGACCAACAACAAGAUGUGAUGAAUUUGAUGGGAGCUAUGUAUGCCGCUGUCUUGUUUCUUGGCGGAACAAGCACUUCGGCUGUGCAGACUGUAGUGUCUGUAGAACGAACAGUUUUCUAUCGUGAAAAAGCAGCAGGGAUGUAUUCAGCAAUACCGUACGCAUUUGCUCAAGUAGCUAUUGAAGUUGCCUAUAUAUGCAUCCAAACAUUAAUCUAUAGUCUACUUAUUUACUCAAUGAUGGGGUUCCAUUGGUCUGCUGACAAGUUCUUCUGGUUCUACUACUACAUGUUCAUGUCCUUUGUCUACUUCACAUUAUAUGGGAUGAUGCUUGUAGCCCUUACACCAAAUUACGCAGUAGCAGCCAUUACAAUGUCAUUCUUCCUUAAUUUCUGGAACCUGUUCUCCGGUUUCAUGAUCACUAGAACGCAAAUCCCAAUAUGGUGGAGGUGGUACUACUGGGGUUCACCGGUCGCAUGGACACUGUACGGCCUAAUCACGUCCCAGCUUGGUCAAAAUGAAAGCCUUGUAGUGAUACCAGGCCAGGAUUCCGUUACAGUUAAGGAAUACAUCAAAGAUUUCUUUGGAUUUGAGUACGAUUUUCUUGGGUACGUAGCUUUGGCUCAUGUUGGUUGGGCUGUUCUCUUCUGUUUCGUCUUUGCUUAUGGCAUCAAGUUUCUAAACUUCCAAAAAAGAUAGAUAAAUCAUCCAAAAUCUGGCAAAUGUAUAUAACAGAUUUGCAUAGAAAGUAUAACUUAUAGUUUUAACCAUUUAAACGUUUACUUUCCGGCUGCCGCUAUUGUU